AUGCGUUUAAAAAUCGUUUCAGCAACUACAUUACAAAAUCAAGCUUCAUCAUCAUGUCAGUUGAAAUUGAGAAGAUUACCAGGAGAUCAAUAUAGUCUAAUUACAUAUGGCCUACAAAAAUUUGAAAUUUUUUUCUCAAAUGAAUACUUGUACGUUCCUGCAAUUAGUUUAUUGAUUGAUGCAUUUUAUGAUUGUCUACCGAAAAAACAACAACAACAAGCAAAACAAUUAACUAAUGACGAUAAGAAGAUAUUCAUACAAACAGUCAUACAAAAAUUAUCAAUUAAAAUUCGAACAGCAACACGCAAUCAAAAACAUUUUAUGGAAUCAGAUCCUUCAUCUACUGGCGAUUUAACACAAGAACACGAACAAUUAAUUUUUGUCAAUAAUCAAUGGUUAACUGCAUGUGAAACAUCACCAACAGAUCAAAAAGAUCAUCAUUAUUUUCUUGCAUUUGUCAAAUUUAUUCACGAAAUCGGGCAUAUGUCAAAAAAAAAAAAAGUUAAAUUACAGUCGAAGAAACCUGCAAAAGAAAUUUUCAUUACUCCACAAAGAAUUGGAACAUACGAAAAACAAAAAAAAAAGAAAGGUGAUGCUGGUCAUCAACUUGAACAAAUAAUUUUUGGCGGGCGUGUAGUCUCAAUGGUGUCAACCAAAGAUAAAAAAGCAUCGUUUACAAUUGAUGCUUUGGUUGUAUCUGAUGAUGUAAAUUUAGGUUAUUAUCAAAAUAAAAUGAAUGGUCUUUAUUUAAUUAAUCAUCAAUGUCCUUCGCGAUAUACAAAUGAAUUUAUUCAACAAUGUACAAAUCUUGACGAUUUUAAAAUAUUGAAAAGUGACCAUUAUAGACUUGCAACACUUACAAAUUUGAAUGCAAUGAAUAAUAUGAUAAAUCUGAAUGAACAAGUCGAACACAAUGAAGCUGAUAACAAUAUCCGACCAUAUGAAAAUUAUCUUAAUUGUUAUGCUGAUGCGGAUGAUAGUGAAAGUUCAACAACUAUCUCAAACUCAUCAGAUGAAGAUGAUGUAGACCUUUCAAUUUGGAAUGAUAAAGAUUCGAAUAUUGAAUAUUCAUCGUCCGAUGAUGAUGAUGAGGAGGACAAUAAAUUGAUUAAUAAAGAGACAGAAUAA